UUUGUACCCCUCACAUUUGAAAAGCAAACUUGUGGUGGUAGAAAUAUUGGAGCAAGUUUUCACACACCUUCUGAUCGCUUACCAGAGAAUGAUCCAGAGGAUAUUGAUCAUGAAAAAAAGCGUCUUCUUAAAGGUGUGGUUCCCGAAACGGGAAACAUCAAGGGACAUAUCAAACAUGCUCCAGGUUGGAAUGCAAACUUGGCCUCAGAAAGUGAAGCUGUGAACUUCCAAAAGAUUAAAGCUGAACGCGAACCAAAUCCACCAACAAUGGAUCAUCUUCAAAGAGAAACCAUCUCUUACUUGCACGAUUUGCACGAACAUCACGAUGAGGGACGUAAUGAUGAUGCGAAGAAACGUAAUGAUUGA